GCUGACGUCAUGACGUAAGUGACGCUCCGCACACCAGCGCUCUCUCAGUAGUGUUUAUUGUUUGAGGCAGGCUGCAGUCAGCAGACGGUAGGAUGUUGAGGCUUCGCUGUAAGACCAAAAAUGGGAGCCACAUAAUGCAGGGUCUGACUCACCAGUCCUGUGUCCAAGAGCUGAAGAGUAAGGUGGAGGAGCUGACUGGUAUCCCCUGUGAUGUGCAGAAAAUUAUGGUUGGAUACCCACCAUCCAGUCUUGAUCUUCGAAAUGGAGAUGCUCACCUCAAGGAUUACCCAAUCAAAUCAGGAGACACACUCAUUGUUGAGGAAGAGAAAAACAAACCAAAGCCUCAGGAUCAUCCUACUGUGAAGAAACCACUGCUGCUGGAAGCCUCACCCGUGCUGGCCCGUCGAGUGGUCCCAGCUGACAACUCCUGCCUCUUCACCAGUGUUUAUUAUGUGGUGGAAGGUGGCGUAUAUGACCCUGCAUGCGCUCCUGAGAUGCGGAGCCUCAUUGCCCAGAUUGUGUCUAGUGACCCCACAGCUUACUGUGAAGCCGUGCUGGGAAAGACCAACGAGGAGUACUGCUCCUGGAUAAAACGUGAUGACACCUGGGGCGGAGCCAUCGAGGUGUCCAUCUUAUCCAAGUUUUACCAGUGUGAGAUCUGUGUGGUGGACACUCAGACAGUCAGAGUGGAUCGAUUUGGAGAGGAUGCUGGCUACCACAAACGUGUGCUGCUCAUCUACGAUGGUAUCCACUAUGAUCCUCUACAGAAAGAAACUCCCGACUCUGAUGUUCCACCCCAGACUAUCUUCUCGACAACAGACGACGUCAUUCUGGCCCAGGCCCUUGAGCUGGCGGACGAGGCUCGCCGCAAGCGGCAGUUCACAGACGUAAACCGCUUUGCAUUGCGUUGCAUGGUGUGUCAGACGGGCCUGGUGGGACAAAAGGAAGCUCGAGAGCAUGCCAAGGAGACAGGUCACACUAAUUUUGGGGAAGUGUGAACAUGAUUUUUUUUGUCCUUUAUUUCCCCUUCACAAAUAGAACCACCACCAAACAUGUGCCCCAUGUCUGACAACUGUGUCAGUCUGUAUGUCCGUCUGCUUGUGUGAUCCUCUACCUCAUAUUGUCCAGCGACAUCUAUGGAGAAUCUGCAGACACUGUGUUCAGCCUCUAACCUGUUCAGUAUUACUUUUUAAUCGGAGUCAGUUCUCAAAGUCAGAAAUGCUUCUGCUGUGCACUGAUGUCAUAAGACCAUUACACAUUAGUUUAGGGGUGGUUUCCGAUUUGUUUCUAUGGGUUCAUAAAAAUAUGCAAACAAUUCACAGGAUUUGUUUGAUUCUGAGAUUUUACUCAAUGAUUGGGUUGUACCCAUUAAACCCCACAAUCUGGCUCUGCAAAGACUUUAAAACACCCUCUGAUAAUUAUUUGUACUAUGAUGUGACCCUACUCACCAUUGUCUUAAUCGCAGAACACGUUUGACUGUUAUGCAUCUUGGUCACAUCUUUAUUAUUAUUAUUAUCGUUGUUAUUAUCAUUAUUAUUAUUAUCAUUAUUAUUAU